AUGGUGCCUGUUGGGCAAAGUCAUCCGCAUCACAAGGCUUCUGUUGCUACUAUUACUCAACAGGUGGCUUCUUAUAGCCUUAGCCCUAAGAAGCAGUCACCUGCACAAGGUGAUCAAGGUCAAUUCACUCCGGCGAACGAGAGUGGUGCUUCUUUGACAACCAACGUGUCCGCUGCCGCUGAUGGCGCGGAUCAUGAUCUUUCAGAAGACGAGGCAAACAGUUUCAAUAACAACCUGAAAAAGGAUCAAGAUGAGUUUUUCAAUUCCUUCCCACCUGGCUAUAGGUUCAACCCAUUUGAUGGUGAACUUGUUGUGCAUUAUCUCAUGAAAAAAGUCUUGGAUCUGCCCUUGCCGCCCAACCGGAUCUUUGAAGUUAACCUAUACCGCCACAAUCCCGAAGUGCUUGCUGGUAUUGUAUAUAAAUAUGGGGAGAAAGAAUGGUAUUUUUUUACUCCAAGGGACCGGAAGUAUCGCAAUGGAAGUCGCCCAAAGAGGGCAGCUGGGGAUGGAUAUUGGAAGGCGACUGGAGCUGACAAGGGAGUGAAAUCAUCUGAUGGAGCUGUUGUUGGAUGGAGAAAGGCUUUGGUUUUCUAUAGGGGCAAACCCCCAAAGGGUGACAAGACCAACUGGAUCAUGCACGAGUUUCGAGUCAAGGAUUCUCCUGUUCGAAGAAGAAGGGGUGAGAAUGACAUGAGGUUGGAUAAUUGGGUACUCUGUAGAAUUUACAAGAAAGACAAAAAUGGCAAAAGAUGUGAUAGUCGAAAUCAUGCUGAAAUGAUUUCUCCAUUUUCGCAUAGAAUGAAUGACGAAAUCAUGGAGACUGAGAUGAGGGGCGAUAUUGUUGAUCCUUUACCUGAGUAUGAUCCUGCACUGGAGUAUGACCACAAAUACUCAAAUAAAGCAUAUUCCCAUAUGGCAUCCCUGCCAAACAUUUGGGGAAGGAUCCCAGUUAACAUGAUUUGCAAUAAUCAAAUUCAAUCAGUUGAUGCAGCCUCUAUGAAUGCUAGCUGCUAUGCAAAUAUGGAGCACUCGCAACCACUAUGUGUUAGACCUCCAUCGAUGUCUUCUGAGAGUGUUCUCGGGCCUUAUAGAUAUAUAGAUGAAUCAAUUAUACUUCCAGAUGACAUGAUGUUCGACAUGAAGGGGUUUGGACAUAGCCUUUACAGUACAAAUAAUUAUGCAGCGCAAUUCUCAUCUUUGGAUCAUGUUUUUCCUUAUACGGAGUAA